GGGUGUUUCCGGCUCUUACUAAAUGGGAAGUUAAAAGAGAUUUGGGACACCGGCAAAAUCCAAUUCCAUCCAUCAUGGAUAACCAAGGAAGAAAAGUAGUUGUCUGUGAUAAUGGUACAGGAUUUGUGAAAUGUGGAUAUGCAGGACAGAAUUUUCCAGAGUUUAUAUUCCCGUCUCUGGUUGGUCGUCCUAUCAUUCGAUCAACAGCAAAAAUAGGAAAUAUAGAAGUGAAGGAUUUGAUGGUUGGGGAUGAGGCUAGCCAGUUAAGAUCUAUGCUGGAGGUGAAUUAUCCCAUGGAAAAUGGAAUUGUGCGGAACUGGGAGGACAUGUUACAUCUGUAUGACUAUACAUUUGGAAAGGAGAAAAUGAACAUAAACACAAAGGAUUGUCGGGUUCUUCUCACGGAACCUCCAAUGAAUCCUAUGAAAAAUCGUGAAAAGAUGGUAGAGGUUAUGUUUGAAAAUUACCAGUUCCACAGUGUUCACAUAGCAAUUCAAGCAGUUUUGACUUUAUAUGCACAAGGUCUACUCACAGGUGUUGUAGUUGAUUCAGGAGAUGGUGUCACACAUAUCUGCCCAGUCUAUGAAGGUUUUUCUCUUCCGCAUCUCACAAAGCGACUUGAUAUUGCAGGAAGAGAUGUUACAAAAUACCUUAUAAAGUUGUUACUACUUCGUGGUUACGCCUUUAACCACUCUGCUGAUUUUGAGACGGUGAGGAUGAUGAAGGAAAAGCUAUGCUUUGUAGCAUACGAUGUAGAACAGGAACAGAAACUUGCCUUAGAAACAACAGUCUUAGUUGAGCCUUAUACACUUCCUGAUGGCCGAGUGAUCAAAGUAGGUGGCGAGAGGUUUGAAGCCCCCGAGGCAUUGUUCCAGCCUCACCUGAUAAAUGUGGAAAAUGUGGGUGUCGCUGAGCUCCUCUUCAACACAAUACAGGCAGCAGACAUUGACACGCGGCCCGAGUUCUACAAACACAUCGUCCUGUCGGGCGGCUCUACCAUGUACCCCGGCCUGCCCAGCCGACUCGAGAGGGAGAUGAAGCAGCUCUACCUAGAGAGAAUCUUGAAAGGAGAUACAGCCAAAUUAUCUAAAUUUAAAAUUCGAAUUGAAGAUCCACCUCGACGAAAACACAUGGUAUUUCUAGGUGGAUCAGUAUUAGCGGGUAUCAUGAGAGACAAGGAUAGUUUUUGGCUGACGAGGGCCGAGUAUCAAGAGAAAGGCUUAAAGUGCUUAGACAAACUAAUGAAGCCAAUUCAGAGCUAGUGCCACUGUGUGAUCGGACACGCCCCCUUCAGUACGAAACUGAAUACACAUUUCCAUAUUCUUCCACCACAGAGGUUAUAUAGCUCAUAUCGAGUUUAGAAUAUUCCAUGGAUUAUUGGUUGCAGAUAUCAAGACAUUACAGGACAGCAAUUUUUCUUGUUUGGUUGGUUUUUAAACAAAAAGACGUCAUUUUGAAUGUGAUUGUGGGUUUGGCUCGAUAAUUGGUAUAUUUCUUUUCCUUUGACUGUCCUUUGUCCACACUAGGCAUAAUAGUAAAUUAUCAGAUCUUAUUCACCUGAAGAUUGUUUUCUAAUCAACAGAAUGAAACUUUACAUAAUUCUUCUAUCAAUAUAAAAAGUUUGAAUUAUUCCUUCAAUUUCAAAGAUUAAAAUUUAUUCAAUUCAUAAUGUUUUUAUUUUAAAAUUUCAGCUGUUAUCAAUAUACGUUCACUUUGUAGAAGUCAAACCAAGCAAGAAUUAAGGUGUCCGGUAUCUUUAAUAAUUAAAUUGCAGCAUACUAAAUAAUCUGAUCUGUUGCAGUUUGUUUUUCUAUUCAACAAAUUGACUCCACUCACUUCUGGAACCAAACUAUUCUUGCGUUAGCUGGACUAAUUUACAAAUGUGCUAAAAUGUCUUGUCAUUGACUGCAGGCACAUCAAUUAAUAGCAACAAGUGGUGCUCGCAUGUUAAAUCUAAUGGUAGAUAUGCUUUGUAUAUCGGAUUAGUACAUCAACAAGCAAUAUGAAAUACUAAGUUAGUAUUGAUGUGUUAUUUUUUCGUUUACUUUUAUUUUUGCUUGGCAAAUUAUUUUGAUGAAAGUAGCAUUAUCAAAUAUUACAAGUCUGGGUUUUUUCUUGACAUUAAAUAUAGAUUUUGAGCUGUUGUGUGUCAUAAUCUGUAUUGAUCACUAUCGGAAUUGUUUUAUGUGGAAUAUAAUAAGUAUCUAAGAACUGUAAAGAAUAUGAAUUAUUAUAGUAAUAUAUUAAAUCAUAAAUAUGCAUGGAAUUUGAUAUUGCUACUUCAAAUUUUUUGUAACAUUUUUGUAUGUAAUAUUUUGGUUAAUUCUCUUCAAUAAAUUUUGUUUAUGAUCAAAGCAUAUGUUGAUCCGAUGAUCAUAUAUCCUAAUAAGAGGUUCGGCUAAAUUGUACUUAGUUAAGUUACAAUAAAACAAUGUUACAGUAAACACAUCCACUAUAAAUCAGCAUUACUGUGAACAAAAGGUGGUGUUUUUAAAUUCUGUUAUGUUGGAGCUGUCUUGAAAAUAAAUUUUUAAAAAUUGUAGGUGGGUUUUGGGGCUGUUUUUGUUUGAGGGACGGGGGUAUUUGACAACACGAAUGGAAUUAAAUAUUUAUUGAUAGUAUAAAUAGAAUAUUCUCUACGCAUGAAUGUAUUGUGUCAAUGUAAACCUAAAAUAAUAUUCCGGGGUUUGGACAAGUAGGAUCUUUGUUCCUUAAGUUACAAAAUAAUAUAAUUGGUAUUAAUAAUAAUGUGUUUGUACAACUAUUGUCUUUCAUAAAAGUUGGUUUAAAAUAUAUAUAUAUAUAUUGUAAAGUUCAUAAGCUUUGCUAUGUGCCAGUACACUUUUUUUUUUUGUCAUGAAGUUAUUCUUGUGUAACAUUAAUCUUUCCCAUCAAUUGAAAUAAUGAAUGCAUUUGUUAUUAAUGAUCUCAUUAAUGGUGAUAUUUUAAUAUCUCUGUAUACUGUUAUGUAAUCAGUCUUACGGUAAGAUAUGCUGUAUUAAUUACCAAAAUAAUGUCAGAUAAUUUGAUGUGAUUGUCAAGAACACUGCAUUUAAAGGAUGCUAUCAUGACAAAUUUUUAUGACCAAUUUCCUGUAGUUUUAACUGUACCAGCAGUUAUUUCUAGUUUUGGUGAAGAUAACAACACAGAAUUGCAUCUUGAUGUUAGUAUAACUGAGACUGGGGUAGGAAUAACUUGCAAUCUACUUAAUGAUGGAAAGUUGGCAUGCAAUGAGUAAUGUCCACAGCCAUACCACGCUGAAAUCACCGGUUCUCAUCUGAUCACUGAAGUCAAGCAGUGGAAAAUUUACACUUGAAUAAUGUAACUGUUUUCUGAUUAUCAGUAGACCCAUGGGGAUUAUCUCUGGUUCAAACUAUUGGUAUGUAUCCAAAUUAAUGCUGUCCUGUCAGUUUAUGCAUGUAGCAACACAUUUCUUGUCGCACCUCCACUUAGAUAUGAUAAUGUAGCACUGACAUCGACAAUGUCUUCUGUUUAACACAGAGAUGUAGCCAAAACGAAUUUCAGUGUUGUGUUGAUCAUUUUAUUGGAAAUACACUCUACCGUUGAUAAUGAAUAAUGAAUAAAAUGCAAAUUAACAAUUAUCAAGACUAAAAAUAUUCUUUGGCAGCCACAACAGAUAUUGUAAAAUAUCCAUAUAUGAAAAUAUACUACAAGUGGUAAUACAACUGAACCUAUCGUCUUCGACCACAGCUAUAGGAUGAUGAUUAAAACAAGGCUGUGAGAAUAUUUUCACGAGGCUGUUAACAUGGUGGUCACAGGGACAGAAGUUGCUGAAAGACUUUGUACAUUCCGAAUAUUAAGGGAUUACCAAUACAAUAGACAUCUUUAUGGCGCCUGAUACAUGGCAGUCAUGAAGUAAGUUAAAUAUGUAUGCAACUACAACUUUAUUUGAACAAAAUGUGCGAUAAUAUUGACGAGAAACGUGAUCUGGACGGUGGUGCUACAUGGGGAAAAUGCUACAAAAACUAUUUAAUGGUAAACUGAGACAUGGGCGGUAAAUUUCCGUUGCAAAACCAUAACUAACCUCCUUAUAUAUAUGUUUUCAGCACUAAUGGACAUCGACUAAAUGUGUAUUUUGUUUUAAUUUAAUGUUUCAUAUUUAAUAUUUUUUUUUUUUUUUUUCACCUAAGAGGUUGCAUUAUCUCAUACAUUAGCCUGUCUAGGAAAUAUACUAAUUAUAGUCGUUCCUUAAAAAUAAGUAGCUUAGAAUUAAAAUUAAGUAGAUAUUUAUUUUUAUAAAAGGUAGAAAAAUGUAUUUUGUUUUGGUUUCAAGGUAUUAAUCUAGUAGGUUGUAGAAUUUAAUGCAUAAAAUAGUGUAUAAUUGUUAACCAAUGAUGUUUCUUGAAAUGUUGCUACUGUUAAAAAAAUAUAGUUUAACAGCUUUUUUGUUUUAUGCUGCAACAAAGCAUUGGUUGUUUUUUUUAAAAUUAAUAAUCUAUUUGAUAUACACUAUGCAAUCCACUUUUUAACAUGCUUAGUACGAUAUAUAUCACAUGUACCUCAAAUUGAUAUAUUUUUUCAACCAGUGCUGUGUUGCGCAAAUGUAACAUUUAGUUGCUGGUUUUGUUUUUCUUUGCUUUCAAGUUUGUGCCGACAUUGUUGAGAAAUCAAAGUGUAUUGUUAUGAUGGAGAAGCCAAACUCUGUGGUGGACAUUUUCUUAAGUGUGAUAUUUUAUAUUGUAUUAUACAAAUCAUAAAAAAAAUCAAUGAACAAUGAUGACUGCUAACUCAGAUUGAAGAUCCCAGACAAAAUAUAUGUAAAUGGACCUGUAUAUAAAAGAAAAGGUCCUCUUUAUUUUAUGGGAUCAUAAUUUUAUUAUUAACAUUGAAAAUGUACAUUAUUAUAAAAGAUGUAGCAUAUUGUUAUUACUUAUACAUAUUAUAAUAUUUGUAUGCAAUAAACUAUCUGGCUCA